AUGCCAACGGUAAAUGCGGACUGUUGUCUCCCUGAUUCUUUCUCUAGUUCACCUAUCGAUUCAAUUUUGUCGCUUUUCUUCUUUCUUGUUCAAUUUUACUUUCCGAAGUAUUUUCUUUCUUCUUUGGCUACUUUUUCUUUGAAACUAUUUCUAGAUGAUUUGCCUACCGUUAUGUUUUUUUGGUCAACUCAUUUACCCAAUAUGGCUACUCCCCACCCUCGACAAAUGCUUUCUGAUUAUUCUUUUCAUAUCUUCUAUUAUAUUUUUUUUUAUAUUUCUAUAAAACAAAUGUUGCCUUCUUUUUUUUAUUCUGGACGACAAUUGAAUUCUUAUAAUUUGCUUAUGAAUCCAAUAUUACUGUACUUUUCUUCUUUCUUCUUCAAUUUUACUUUCCGAAGUAUUUUCUUUCUUCUUUGGCUACUUUUUUCUUUGAAACUAUUUCUAGAUGAUUUGCCUACCGUUAUUACUUUCUUUGUCUUUUUAUUUAUUAAUUUUAAAAUUCCCAUUUCCACAUUUUUUUUCAUUUUUUUCUUUCUGUCAUUAUUUUCAUUCUUGUCAUUAAUAUUUUUCUCUUGCAUCCUUCUUUCAUUCGAAGUUUUCCUCUCUUUCGUUUUAACCCCACCCCAUCUCUUCAACUUUUCUUUUUCCAAAAUUUUUCCUUCCGACAUCUCUUCUUAUUUUCAUCUAUUUUUAUUGCUGGUAAUAUCUUUUAAAAUCUUAUCUAUCUAUCUAUCUAUCUUCUAUCUAUCUUGGUCUCUUCAUAUCUGUAUGUCUCUCUUGGUCACUUCAUAUCUAUCUAUCUAUCUAUCUAUCUCACUUCUUUUCUUUCACAUCUUUUCUCAGGGUUCUUUUUUGGGGAGGGGGGGCUUCUUCUUUUUUUUUUUACAACACUAUUUCCUGUCUAAUGUCUCCUUUUGGCAAGCAAGGGAGUCAGCCUUUAAAUAUUUACUCUCAAACAAAUACUUGCUGGGACAAAAGACCAUUGCAUCCCCAGUACUGAAGAGUAAACAAAUUGGCCCCAGGCGCUAA